AUGGCGUCAAUGCAACAGCGCAAGAAUGAAAUUUUAGCUAAACGUGCGAAGCUUGAAGAGCUGAAAAAACAACGCGAACUUCGCCAGAAAGAGUUCAAUAACCAGCGGAACAGUGCCGGCGAUGCUUCACAGAUUACCUCGCCAGUUCACAGUCGAGCUGAUAGUAGAGUUGAGCUUGAUGAUUUGAUCUCUCGUUUAGUGGAUCGCCCGGGAUCAGCUUCGAUCAGCCAUGGCGCCGAAGGCCAAUCUCGCAAAGGCAGCCGCCCAAAUUCCGUCAUAAGCGCCAGUCAAAUCAGUGGAGAUAAUGUUGAUACAUAUUCUGCUUCGUCUCGACCGCAACUACAAUCAAUUGCUGUGCAGACUAUUGGAGAGGAGCCAUAUAUUGCCUCCGUAGCUGAAGCCCCGCCGCCCCCUGAACCCAGACCAGAGGUUGUCACGUACAGUAAAGCUGUUCAAACUGAAGCAGAUAUACAGCCAGAAUCUCCUGAAGGGUCUGUCGCUUCGGAUGAUGAAGACGCCGCCGACCCAACACGGUCAAGCAAGCGUGGCCGACGGGAUCGAGAGCGCGAUGAAGAAAUCAGACAAAAGCUUCGCAAAGAGAUCGAGCAAGAAUUGGAAGCAACCAAAAAAACCGAAAUUGAUAAAGCAGCCAAUGAAUCACGCUACCCGUUACGCACUCUUGACGAGGAUGAGUUAAAAGCUGUAACUUCGUCAACAGACUUCUUGGACUUCGUGGAACGAUCAGCCAAGGUCAUUGAGCGGGCUCUGGACGAAGAAUAUGACGUUCUUGCUGAUUACGAACUUGGUGGCUUUGAUGGGGACCUGGAAGAUGAGGAAGAGACAGGCAAGAAGCGAAGAGGCAUUCGAGAGGUCUGCCAGUUCUAUGACGAGCGAUGGAGCAAGAAGCGCAUGAUCAGCGAUCUCAGCUUCUCUCCCAAGUUCCCUGAAUUGGUUUUGGCAUCCUACACCAAGAACCCUUCUGCCCCUCAUGAACCCGAUGGGCUUGUCCAGGUCUGGAACCAACAUCUGCAAUCUCGUCCUGAAUAUGUAUUCAAUUCUACUUCCGACAUCCUCACUGCCAAGUUCUCUCCUUUCCACCCUAACCUCAUCGUGGGAGGUUCAUAUUCUGGGCAAGUUCUCCUGUGGGAUACUCGUUCAUCUCGCGCCGGUGGAGGCGCUCCAGUUCAAAAGACCCCUCUCACCGGAUCUGGACAUACCCAUCCUGUCUACAGCAUCUCUAUCAUUGGUACUCAGAAUGCGCAUAACAUUUUAACCGUCUCUACAGAUGGCGUGGUCUGUGGCUGGACUGUAGAUAUGCUUUCCCAGCCACAGGAGUACCUUGAGCUAACCACACCCCCUCCUUCCAAAACAGAUGAUCUCGCGCCUACCACUAUGUCAUUCCCGCAAUCUGAUCCAACUUUCUUUGUUGUUGGUACCGAAGAGGGUGGUAUCUACCCCUGCCAUCGUUACGACCGCGCCGGAGCUAAGGCUGGUACCGAUCAUCGUUUGGCAUACCGCGGACAUUCCGCCCCGAUCAUGUCUACAGCAUUCCACCCAGCGCGGGGUCCCGUUGAUCUGGGCGAUUUGAUGCUGAGCUCUAGUCUGGACUGGAGUGUGAAGUUGUGGCAUGUGCGGCCGCCGGCUACGACAGCCUCAAUCACAUCUACCACUGCUACUGCCCAGGUGGUAUCUCCUAUUUUGGAUAUCACCCGCGAAGAUGUCGUGUAUGACGCACGUUGGUCUCCUCAUCGGCCUGGCGUGUUCUCCCUGGUCGACGGUGCUGGCAAUGUCGAAGUCUGGGAUUUGUACACAGACACCGAGGUUCCGGCCGUCAGAACGACACCCUCUCGUGGUCCUGGUAGUGCUCCUACCCGCAGUCUCAACAAGGUUGCAUGGGAGGAGCGAGAAGGACGACGUCUGGCAACCGGUGGACUCAAUGGAGUCAUCACUGUCUUUGAAGUCGGCAAGGGUCUCGGUGGACCCCCGGAGGAGGUACCAGCCGAAGAAUGGGCGGGGAUGAAGCGGUUAGUGGCUAAGUUGGAGCAGACUGACCGAGUAGCCUGA